AAGAUGGCUGAACAGACGGUGAUGCUUGAGUUGGAGCAAGCCUCCCUUAUAUUUAUGGUAACCAUUUAGAUGAUUUCUGGUGUAUUGAUGAAGAAAAAAUUAUGAUUUUAUCACAAACAAUUUCAAGUUAUGUAUUUUUUAAAAUUCUAGACCGCACAAAAUGUCUAUUAAUACUCUCAGGUUCUUUUCUAAUUGUAAUAAACCUAAGACUUUAAUUAUAAGUAUAAGGCAAGGAUAACGGAUAAGUUAACUAAGACUAAGAAAUACAGAUUUCUAAGCCACUAAGUUACUCUAAGUAAGUCUAACUCAAGUCCUAGUUCUAGUCUUAGUACUUGUUCUCAUGGAACUGAAGUAACUCGUGUCUGAAGUUAGGUUUCCUAGUUGAUGUAGGCUUUAACUUCAUUUAAUCUGCUUUUUUUUGGCUUAGUCACUUAGGACCUACUUUACUUUACUUUUUAAAGAUUUCUCUCCACUACCCACAUUCUUUUGUUUUGAUUUUUUUUGUUGAUACAUGGGACACUCUGACUCAGUUGGUCGUCAUCUGUCUGUGUUAACCUGAAAGAUCACUUGAAUUGAUGAUACAUAGUUACAGCUCUAACUCUAGUAUGCUGCAUUGAGAAAAAAAGAGAGGGGGUUUGGGGUUAGUGAGUGAUGGGGAAAUAAGAAAAGUAGGGAUAACAAUUCUAGUCCACGCACCGUUCUGCGCAUGUCCUUAAAUGUUGAAAAAACGUGUUCUGCAAUAUGGCAUACAGCUAAACGGUAUGGAAAAUUGCAUACUACGUCACCUUUGUUUAUUAAAUAAUUGCUUCCCUCAUCACUUACGUCGUAUCAGUUUUUGUGUUCCGGUCAUAUAUUUACAUUGAUUUAUGCUACGAUAUUUUUUGUGCAUCACAUCAGGCAGUAUUAUUAUAAUGACUCGGUUAGUAUAUAAAUCGUAUAAAUACUUUUUUACAAGUAAAGCCACCAAAAUAAGGUUUAGUGCUCCCUCAUCUACAUUCAUUGUAAGAGUUUUUUCAUAUUUUGAGGAGUUAUCGUUGAGCUCUCGAUAAAAAGUUAUGCACCCCGCGAAGAAGUGGGGGUUAUGAAAUUAUCAUUAUUUUUUUAUUUUGAUUGAGAAGCCGGAAAUGGCUGCUAUCAUCACUAUGAUUCGUUAAUGUUAAAUCCUUAAACAUCUAAAUAAUUAUAAGACGUUUAAAAUGAAUCAUUUUAAGAAAAGAUUAUAACCAAACUUGAAAAGUAUAUGUAGUAACCAAGGGUUGGUUUUAAGUUUUAUUUAUUUCGUUAAAAAUUGUGUACGUUACCAGUACACAGUUUCUUGUUUUUUCAUUAUUGAAUCAAUAUUUAAUAGUUUUACAAUAGUAAUAUAGAUAAUAAUAAUCGUUUUUCUCUUAUUAAUUAUUUCAGAUAAUAUUAUUAAAAUUAGGCCUACUUAUCAUCAUCAAUUAUAAUUAAAAUAAUAAACAACUGUUAUUAUAAUCCUUUAAUUUAGGGAUACCACAAUACUUGUUCACGCACAGUUCUGCGCAUGUUCUAAAAUGUCGAAAAAAUGUGUUCUACAAUAUGGCGUACGGCUACACGGUAUCUUUGGAAAAUUGCACACUACGUAGCCUUUGUUUAUUAAAUAAUGCUUUCCUCAUCAGUGACGUAUCAGUUUUUGUGUUCCGGAGAUAUAUUGAUUUAUGCCACUAGAUUUUUUGUGUAUCCCGGACAGUAUUAUAAUAAUGACUCGGUUAGUAUAUAAAUCGCACAUAAUACUUUUUUACUAGUUAAGCAACCAAAAUAAGGUUUAGUGAUACCCAAUCUACAUUCAUUUUAAGAGUUUUUUCAUUGUUUGAGUUAUUAUCUUGACUUUGUCUAUAAAAAGUUAUGCAUCCCACGAAGGAGUGGGGGUACAAAAUUGUCAUUUUUUUAUUUUGAUCAAGAAGCCGGAAAUGGCUGCUAUCACUGUGAUUCGUUAAUGUUAAAUCCUUAAACAGCUAAAUAAUGAUAAGACGUUUAAAAUGAAUAAUUUUAAGAAAAGAUUAUAACCAAAGUUUAAUUAUGUAGUAACCAAGGGUUGGUUUUAAGUUUUAUUUAUUACGUUAAAAAUUGUGUACGGUACCGGUAGACAGUUUAUCGUUCUUCAUAAUUAUUGAAUCAAUAUUUAAAUUUAAUAGUGUUACAAUAGUAAUGUCAAUAAUAAUAAUCGUUUUUCUCUUAAUAAUUAUUUCAGAGAAUAUUACUAAAAUUAGGCCGAUAUAUCAGUUAUAAUUAUAAACAACUGUUAUUAUAAUCCUAUAAUAGUCUAUUUAGGCCUAAGCUUAAUUUUUCAUAAUCAUAAUUCUAUUACUAGUACUACUAGUACUACGACAAUCAACAACCACACUUACUAAUAAUAUAUUUUUUAGUUAAGCCUAUAUAUAACAGUUUUAUUAAAAUACAUCAAAUUAAUAAACAAGAAUCAAACAACAUCAUCGUUGUAAUUAUAUUUUUAUUAGAACAUAGAAAAGCAGUACAUAGACAAUUAUUUAAUAUAUCAAAUAACAUUUUUUAAUAAAUUAGUCUCAUCAUCAUAGAUGAUUUUGAGUAAUUUUUAUUUAUAAUUACAUGCGUUCCAAUUUAUAUAUAUAAAAAAGACUACUUACCUUUUUAUAAAUAUAAUAAUUGAUUUAAAAUGUAAAACAAGCAUAAUAAAAUUAGUUAAAAUUCAAUAAACAUGUUAUUUUUUCGUUUUUUCCUGUAUAAAUGAUGAUUUUCCCAAUUUUUCUCUUCACUUUUUUCUGAACAUACCCUCAAAUAAAUAUUUAAAAAAAUAAAAGUCUUGAUGUUAUGUAAAAGUUUUGUUGUUUAUUGGGUUGUAUAUUGCAUUGAGAAUCUCUCCUGAAAAUUUGGUAGCAUUAUCUUUUAAAAUCCAAAAGUUUUGGGCAAAAUAAGGCAGAAAUUUGGAAAGUGGGUCACACGUUUUUUCAUUUAAAUACUAAGAUAAAGAAGGGGGUUUUAAAAAAUCACCAAAAAAAUCAUAACUCCACUUUUAUAAAAGAUAGAAAGAUGAAAUUGGUGUUGUUGUAAAGCUUAUAGCUAGUCCUUUAAAAUGAUGUAUCAUUCAUGAUAAUCUGACAAUAUUUAAAUUGUGUGUCAAAGUACCUACACUAUAAUAGUCUAUUUAGGCCUAAGCUUAAUUUUUCUUAAUCUAAUUCUAUUACAAGCCUAUAAGUUCUAUAUAUAACAGUUUUAUUAAAAUACAUCAAAUUAAUAAACAAGACUCAAACAACAUCAUCAUAGCAAUUAUAUUUUUAUAAGGACAUAGAAAAGCAGUACAUAGACAAUUAUUUAAUAUAUCAAAUACAAAUUUUUAAUGAAUUAGUCUCAUCAUUAUCAUAUUAUCAUCAUGGAUGAUUUUAUUUGAGUAAUUUUUAUUUACAAUUACAUGCGUUCAAUUUUAUAAAUAAAAAAGACUACUUAUCUUUUUAUAAAGAUAAUAAUUGAUUUAAAAUUUAACUCAAGCAUAAUAAAAUUAGUUAAAAUUCGAUAAAUAUGUUGUUUUUAUUUGUUUUUUCCUGUAUAAAUAAUGAUUUUCCUAAUUUUUCUGUUCACUUUUUUCUGAACAUACCCACAAAUAAAUUUAUACAAAAAUAAAAGUCUUAAUGUUAUAUAAAAGUUUUGUUGUUUUUUUUGUAUAUUGCAUUGAGAAUGUCUCCUGAAAAUUUGGUAGCAUUAUCUUUUAAAAUCAAAAAGUUUUGGGUAAAAUAAGGCAGAAAUUUUGAAAGUGGGUCACAGGUUUUUUCAGUUAAAUACUAAGAUAAAGAAAGGGGUGUUUAAAAAUCACCAAAAAAAUCAUAACUCCACUUCUAUAAAAGAUAGAAAGAUGAAAUCGGUGUUGUUGUAAAGCUUAUAGCUAGCCCUUUAAAAUGAUGUAUCAUUCAUGGCAAUAGGACAAUAUUUAAAUUUUGUGUCAAAGUACCGGUACCUAAGAAAAGGAUUAAAAGAACAACAACACUGCUACAGAUUUUGGAAAUUAGACUACUCUUAUCAAUGGACGCCAAGCAGUCAUUAAAUUCUACUUUUUUGUUUGAUGCCUUGGUAGUAUAUGGCUAAGGCUAAGACAGGCUAAGUCACUUAUCAGACUGGAGUUUUGUAAGCAUCCGUUGUUUAAUUUAAACAAAUCUUCUGAGUAAAGUUUUCAUACGAAAAAUUAAAAAAUUUAAAAAAAAGCUUUCUUUCAAAGACAAUUUUAAGCCAACUAAAAAGUAGAAAUAAUUUUCUUUAAAUUCAUAAGCAAAGUCGGCAAAGAAAUUCUGUGCAAAAAUGGUUUUGAAAGAAUUAAAAGAAAAAAUACAACAUAUUUAUAUGUUUAUAUUACAUUUAAUUGGAAUCCUUUGGCUUCAGGUACCUUACUCCCCUUCUGCACAUACUUUGGGAAAUGAAUUUUAAGAAAAUUAUUUUCUACUUUUAAGUAGGUCUCUUAAACUUGUCUUUGAACAAAUAUUUUUGUUAUUAUUUAACUAAGUUUUGAUUCAAAGUCUCAAGCUUAAUUACAGUUAAUUCGAUUAUUACUAAAGGUAGUUGGCGGGGGGAUGUGUGUGUGUGUGUUUGGCCAGGGUUUACUUAGCGGGACGACUGCUGAUGUUUGCCACAGUAUAUAGGUCAAGGAGGUUCCUUAGGCUUACUUCAAGCUAAUUAAGAAUUAUGAUUUUGAAUUCUGUACUUAUUUCAUUAAGUUUCUCUCACCAACUACUUCUUUUCAUCAUUUUUAAAAAAUUUUCUGAAAGAUAUGAAAAUUAUGUUCAAAUGUAUCAUGAAAUGGUGCCAUGAUGAAAAUCAAUGACAUACUAUUACUUCUUUUAAGAACCCAUCAAAUGAAACAAUUUUUAGCCAUGUAUACAACUUUUUUUUUAAUACCAGAGGUUGUUUUUGCAUUUCAGUUAGGGUGAAUUUUUUUAAAUUUGUGCUGAAAUGUUUUAGUUGAAUUUGUCUGUACGAAUUUACCAGUGUGCCCCUCCAGCAGUUACGAAAUAUAAAUGAUCACUAAUUAAGUCAAUAUCAUCACAACAAGAGUCCAUGGAUGGCUGUUUUCUAUGCUUGAGAAAAACUUGAGUUUAAAUUUUUAAAAUUGUAAAAUGUUGUCUUGGUUAAAAAAAUGUAUUUAUUAUAUGUGCUGAAAAUGAAUACGUGCAAUGUACUUUAAAAAAACCAGUUCCGUUUAUUUGGUUCAAUAAAAGAAUCUAAUCUAAAUAUGAAUGGAAUAUUUCAUUUAAACUUAUUACUUUAUUGUCAGAUUUAGAUUAUUAGCAAACAUUGCUCCAUGAAGUAUGAGAAAGUUAUUGUUUAGGUUAAACUAUAUACCUUGUUGGGAUUCCCAAAAGUGACAGGGUGAGACAAUUCUUGUUAAAAGCUGUACAGGUAACCUUGCCUUUACUGUGGUGGGGUUGUGUACAUCAGAUUCAAACAUAAUUAACAUAUACAUAGUGGUAUUCUAAUAACUCGCAGUUUAGGAUAAUAUCUCGUAUUUUGCAUCAUAUGAUACAUUAUUCUAUAAAUAUCGAUAGAUGUGUGUGCAUAAGUGCAGAUCACAAUAGUUGAAAAAUAUUUAUUUAGUUCAGGUGCUGGAACCAGACUGUAUCAAAUGCUCUGAAUGUUCUAAAAAUUGAUUUCAACAGCUCUUACAAUCUUUUAAAGUAUGACAUUCUGACCUUGCUGUGUUGAACAGGUUGUAAUGUGUUGUAAAAACCCAAUUUUGCACACAGCUUUACACCUUAGGGUGAAAUAGGUUAAUUAAUUUUUUGGUUAUUAUUUUCUAUAAUUGAAUCAAGAGAAAAUUAUAAAAUCUCCUAAGACCUGCUCAUACUCAUAAGUCGACCACCCCAAUAAUGCUCUGAAAUAAUUCCCUCAAAAAGUCGGGUUUAGAAAGAGUAUAUUUCCAUUUUCCAGAAAAAUUACCAGUUUAUGCAGAGUGAUCAAUACAGCCUUAGUUUGAAUGCCUUUUAUUAAAAUUGUUGCUGUUAUAAUAUGAUUCACUAUUGUUUGCGCACAUAACUGUCCGCAUUAUACGAAAAUUUAAUUAAUAAUUAGAAUUCUAUUUGUAACUAAUUCUUAGGCACCACCAGACCUAGUAACUAGAGAACAAAGACAGGCCGCUCAGGACCACAUUCUAAAUUUUCACAAAACUCGUAUGCCAUAUACACUUUGUCAAUAUAUUUUGGGUAAGUGCUACAAUUUGAAACAGCUUCUAUAGGCUUAGUCUCAAGUGUCGGACAUAUUAAAAGUUUUGAAAAAAUAUUAUUUAUUUAUACUGUUUAUUGUGAAUGUGUCUGCUCUAAAUGCAAUUAAAUGUUUACUUUUACUACGUCUACGUAUUGUUUGUUAAUUCAUAGACUAAAUCCAUUUUGCUCAGAUGAUGCUGUGCCACAAGCUUUUUGACAAAAUCAUAUUCUUUUUUUUGUUUUAGAAAACAGCAAAAAUGAUUACACCUUGUUCCAAGCAGCCACCACUAUUAAAGAAGCCAUUAUUCGUGAUUGGGCCCUCAUGGGUCCUGAUGCUGUGGAGUCAUUACGGUCAUUUCUAUUAAGAUACAUCACCAAUCACAUCACAUUGCAGGUUUGAUGAAUAUAUAUUUAUUUAUCUAUAUUUUGUUUAUCUAUAAAAUAAAUAUGUCCUCAUGAGUUAUCGGGACUUAAAAUAAUGCUUAAUCUAUAACAUAGAAAUGAUGUAAUUAAUAAUUUUUUUGUUUAAUGAUUGAUCAAUCCAUUUUUUGCAGAUAAGCUAAGUUUUCCUUUUUAGAAAUUGGCAAUAUUGAGGAUACAAUUUUUUAUUGUUUGCGUACUCCCCUUUUUUCCUCAUACAUAAAAAAACUUCGACACUUUUAGAGCUAUGUGAGAGAGCAGAUUCUUCAAACAGUUGCAGUUAUUUUAAAAAGAGCCACACUUGACAAAAAAGGGAAAAGUUGUGAUGGCUUAUUUGAGGACGUAACAGCACUUAUCAGUAGUGGAAACAUUACAAUGGUAAUUAUUAUUUUGGAAAAGUCUCCUGUUUGUUACUAUUUGUUUAAAAUAAUUGUUUUUAAGUAAAAUAAACAGACAAUUUCAGUAUAAUAUUUUGUACGAUUUGUUUGAUCUAACUAGGUGUGGGAACAAUUUUCUUAUGUUAAAAAAAUAACUUUAACAGAAAAAUGUUUCUCCAGAAAAUUAAUUAUUUUCAUAUUCUUUCAUUUCAGCAACUUGUAGCUUGUUCAAUGCUCACCUCACUUUUAAAUGAGUAUUCUUACACAAGUCGAACUAGCACUGUGGGAUUGACAUGGGAAUUUCAUAUCAAAUGUAAAAGAGCGUUUGAGGUAAGAGGUUAUGAAAAUUAAUACAAUAGGUAUUUAUGGAUUAAUUAUGCUCAAUAAAUUACGUCAAAGAAACAACAGCCAGAGAUCUUUUUUGUUCUAGCAAAAGAAGUGGCUUUACAGAGUGCCUAUCCCCAUGGAGAGAAAUUCCUAAUUCCAUCCUCUUUUUAGAUAUAUAAACAAUGGCAAGUGGAAUCCUAUUUGUUGAGCUUGGUCUUAAUAAAUGGUUGUACCAUACUGGAUUAGUUUAACAGGAUACAGUUCAACUCCCAUUAAAUGAAUGGAAACUCACAGGUUUACUUAAUGUGUUCAUCUAAUUCUUAAACUUAGAAAACCCUUGAGAUAAGUAAUGAUCUUUAUGCACAGUUUCCUGAAUUAUAACUUCCCCUGAUUAGUGAGCUCUAGUCAGUUUCUAAUACUUUUAUUCUAGAAUACAUGACCAGCAAUAAAAGUGAUAUAAUUAAACCAAUUAACAAUAUUUCAACUUGCUUUUACCCUCAGCAAUCUGAUUUGAAACGAGUGUUUAUGUUCUCUCUACAAGUCCUCAACCAAAUCGAGGCCCAGCCGAGCCCCUUGAGCAGAGAAGCCACAGCCUUUCUUAAUCGUAUUCUUUCUAUUGCUGAACAGGUGCUGAACUGGGAAUUCACCCCACGUGGAGGUUUGUAAUUUUUAAUUAAGUGUAUAAAUUCUGUCCGUUAUAUUAUGAUAUUUGAUAAAUUUAGAAAAUACAGAUGUGAAGACAUUUUUCACCUCUGUUCAUUAACAGCAAAACUUAACAAUUAUAGGCUUCAGUUUUUGUUGGUUGUAUUUUUUUAUGCAAACAAUUUGUUUGGCUUAAAAAAAUUAUUCUUUUGUUUGCCUCUUAAAUAGUGAGAAUGCACCAUGCUUUUGUAUCAAAUCCAAAUGCAACGCUCAAGCCUCCAAUUAGCUGGAGAGAUGUUAUAUUGGAUAAAACCACUUUGUCCUUGUUCUUUCGAGUGAGUUUUUAUUUUUUAACUCAUCUUUAUUAUUAUUUUUUGUAUAUUUUAACUUGAUGCAAUUUUAUUACUGAGUGCAACUAUAAUAGCAUCUAUAGCCUAUAGGUGUUUUAUUAAUAUGCAAUCUUGGAAGUAUUAAUCAAGCUAAAUUAAACAUAUUUAUUUUAGAUUUGAAUGUAUACAGCAGCCCUGAUCAACAAUUUAAUAUAAUAAUUAAUCAUGCACACCAAAGUGGUAACUUUCAGUUGCUUCAUUAUUCAUUAUAAUCAAUAAAUUGAACAUUUAUUAUCCAGAUUCACCAGAAAGCCAGAUUUAACAGUGAAAUGGCUCAUCAUUCACUUCAGUGCCUUGUACAAUUGGCAUCUCUCAAUGGCCCAAUCUUCACAGAUGAAGCUGGGCCCCAAUAUUUGUCUCAAUAUAUUGAAGGUUUUCUUCAAAUGCUCUCUCAGUAAGGCCAAAGUUAUGUUUUAAUUUAUUGAAAUGAUUUCUUUUGUAAAAAUUUCAUACUUCUUCUCAAAUUGUACCAUUUUAAAAUAAAAUUGUUUUUAAAAAAAAAUAAUUCUUGUAGGAAUGGUUCUUUAGAGCUCUCUGAAGUUAAGCCUAUUAUUUUUGUUAAUUAUAAUUUGUUUUUUUUUUUUGUAUCUAACAGAAUUGAUCUCCAAGAGUAUGAGAACUUUGGCAUUGCUUCCAUAUUUAAGAACCUGUUAGUAAUGUUCCCGAUCAAGAAUUUCAACACCUUAGAUGCAAUGUUGUUUAAGUCAUUUAUCCAAACACUAACCACCCUCACUUGUAGUAUUGGUCGACUAGCUGCUCAAGAGGAAUCGGUACGUUGGUCGGUUUUAAAAACUUUUGUGGGAUCUGUACAUUACAGCUGGAAGCUAAUAAAUUGUCCAAAUGGAAAUGUCAUGAAAUAUCAGACCUGUUUACUCUUAUGAUUUUGGCGUACAAUGUACGAUUUUGAGAUGUCUUUUACAAUUAUGCACCAAGACCUGUCAGAACUAUGAUUUUAAGAAACCGGGUUGAAAAUUUAUACAUUCCCGUAGUUUUUUUUUUUUUUAGAUUAAACAAAUUAAUUAAUUAAAAAGUAUGUACAAUAUUUGUUGUUAGUUUUAACUUGCAUUUGGUUUCUACAGCCAGCAGUGAAUGGAUCGAGAAAUACGAUUGGUUGGAGAUCAUCUAUAAUUAUAUUAUGUUUGCCCUGAGAGGAGAAUGGAGUUGUGAUAAUUUAUGAGACGUGUAAAAAAAAAGGGAGGGUUUCAGCAAAGAUUCUAAAAUUUUCAUCCUAAAAGUCCAAAAAUAGCAUAUGUAUAUUUCAAAUGCUGUAAAAAUAUCACACAUUGUUGUUUUGUGAAUUAUCAGCAUAAUUUUGCCAUGUAUUUUCACAAAUGAACUUUCAAGAGAUAUGCUCAGAUAGUACUAAGUAAUAGAGAAAUUACAGUAACCUUUAGUCCACCAAAAGUUGAAUGCAAAUGUGGCAUAUAUUUUGUUGGGCUGCGCCAGUGGUUCCUAAAAUUUUUGAUUGCGAGUGCCUAUGUCUAAUUUAGGUUUUCACCAGACUCCCUGUGUUAAAUUGUAAAAGUACACUUUGAAAUAGCGAAUACAUAAACAAAAUAAAAUAAAGGUUUAGGUAAAAAUAAAUAAUGUACACUAAGCGCCACCUAACUGCAAACAGUAGUUGCUCAAGUGGGUUACUAUUUGCAUAAUGACCAAUAGAUGUCACAUUGAAUUAAAAGUGGAAAUAAAAUUAUAUAUUUUGCAAUCUGUGAGGAGCCCCAGAAACCCAUUUAGAAAAAUGUGCAAUGAAAUAAGGUCCUUUCUAAAGACGAUUCUGACGCCCCCUGAUUAAGACUCCACUCUGUGUUCAUGCUCUGUCUGAGGGCAAUGAGCACCCAGGCGAUGCGGCAAAUAUCCUGGGAACCACUGGGCUUGCCAAACAGCCAGCUGUGAAAACCACUGACACAUUUUGUUUACUGUAACAUUGUAAUUAUAUCAAGAUUAUUGAAUUUUGUUGGUUGCUUUUUAUUAUGGGGGCUGGGGUCGAAGGCUCAUUGUCAAUGUGGAGUGGGUGGUCUGAACAUUUCAAUUUUUUGCCUACGUAUGAUAUAGAUGGCACCUCCUUGCCUUUGUUUGCUCCGGUGCUGUAUGACGUAAUUUUGAGACAUAACCGCGGCGAGUGCAGAAACUUAGAAAACUAGAGAAUGCUUUCUCAACAGUUCUGCACAGCAACAUUAGAUUAGAGCCCCUUUGAAAUCUAUUUUUAGAACAUACAAAACAGCUGUGCAAUUUUUAAUACCCCCUGUUGAAUGUUUAUUUCAACCAUUUACAACUUGUGGUAGCUAUCAGACUAUAAAUAUGUAAACAGGAAAUGGGCAUAAUGGAUACCAUUGUUGUUGUUUUUUUUUUGUAUUUGUUAAAUCAGCUUUUCCUAUAACAUAAAUCUCAAGUUACCUGGUAGUUUUUUUUUAAAAUGUCGUCCUAAUUAGUUAAUUAAUACUUAUUUUUAUAAAUUUUCAUUUUGUUGAUCUAUUAAAGUUAAAUUUCACUAGUAACUUUAUCUUUACCAGUGAAAGACUGUGAUAAUUCGAUCUGCACGUUCACCUAAAUAUUAAUUGAUAUCUAUAGCAGAUACAUGUCUGCAAAACAAAGUGACUGCAGAUUGCAAUAUAAACGUCAGUCAUGUACUUAUGGAAGUUACCUUUUUUUUUUGUCAGCUUAGCUCAUUCCCACUAGACACGUAAUACGACUAGUCAUUGCAUAAAUUAUAUAUACUGAAUGUUUAUUGAUUUAUCAUUAAGAUACUGUAUUUUAUGAUUUUGAGACGAUAUUGUACUAUUUCAGGAGUUUGAGGGUAAACAGGUCUGAAAUAUGUUUAGAAUGUUGGCAAAUAAAAAGUUAGGUUCAUAUUUGCUGUUGACAAUUAAAUAUUUUAUUUAACCCUGGGAAUACAUUCAACGCUUUUUUGUGUGCAACAUCAGGUACACAAAGAUAACACCAUUUACAUGGAGUCGUAUGAAAAACUUCUUGAGUCCUGGUCACGUAUUACUUUGGAAGUUGAUUCAUUACCACCUGGAACUUUAAUCUCACCAGCUACACAAAUCUUCAAUUCAUAUAUGCAAUGUCACCUAGCAUCACCUGAUGGCAUUCGAAAUAUGGUAUUUUUUACAUUUAAAUAAUGUUUGUAUUAUACAAAUUAAAAGUUUCUUUUUUCUGCCCAACAUCACCCCAACUGUCUUAAGUUUUUCAUGGUAUCAAUAGAGAUUUCCCAGCAUUUUAGUCCCAGGUGGGGGGGGGGGGGUUGUCUGGGUGUGUGUUUAGUUUUUAGCAAUUUUAAAGUUGUUUUCAUUGUUCAUUUUUUUGGUUUUGUUCCUAGUUCUAAUUUUGAAUUUUGUUUUUCAUGGUAUCAAUAGAGAUUUCCCAGCAUUUUAGUCCCAGGUGGGGGGGGGGGUUGUCUGUGUGUGUGUUUAGUUUUUAGCAAUCUUAAAGUUGUUUUCAUUGUUCAUUUUGUUGGAUUUGUACCUAGUUCUAAUUUUGAAUUUAUGGAGCAGUCGUUAUCAGGUUGGAAAGGAUUAUGGGUUAAAUGAAUAUAUUAUGUUCGUUAUAACUGAGUGAAAAUAGUUGUUAAAGUUCAUGCUAACUUCUUUCACACAGAAUGCUGAUGAAUCUGAUGAAGAUAUUGAUGAAACAGAACAAGAUGAUAGGUACAAGUUUUGUGACCAAUUGUGGUGUAUUGGUGCACUUGGACGUGUCAUUCCAGAACACACAGUCCCUCUCUUGUCAAAGUAAGGUCAUUAGUGUUACCCCUUGCAAAAUGUAUUUAAACUUGAUUGAGGAGAGAUAUCUGUGUUGUUUUCUUAUCUUUACUUUUAUAUUCUUUCUCCAAUUAUUUUUUUCUAGCCAUUACAUUUCUCGGAAUAUUAGUAUUAAGAUUAUCUGCAUCUCAAUGAUUUUACAGAUGAUAAAUAAUUAUACCUCCAUUGUCUUUAUCAUUUAAUUUUAAUUAGGAAAUCAGGAAAAUUUCACCCUUAACUUAUGAUUUAAUUUAAUAUGCUUUUUUUUUUAUAAUCUGCAGGAUUUUAGAAGAUAGAGUAGCUCAGAUUGGUAAUCAUUUGCACCGUUUACAACAGCAAAAAGAAAUGGUCAGUAGUCAUGAGACUACGGUUGAUAUUAGUGGACUCCAUGCUUUACAAGAAGAUUUACAUUGGCUUAUUCUAGUCACAGGUUAGUCAGUUUUUCAUUACAUUUGAAAUAUAUAUUUAUUUCAAUGGGAUGAACUGUAAAAAUUGUCAACUACUUUGAUGUAGCCAAGGUAAAAAAAAAAAUUAAUUCUGUAUAAAAAGAAAUCAGUGUUGAUUUAUCCUAAUUCACCAUGUUAAAAUUCUGUCAUUUUAAAAAUGAAUUAUAACUAAAACAACUGAGUUUGUGAUUUGUUUGGCCUCAGGCAAUGUUUUAGCUGAUGCUGCUGAGGGAGAGACACCAACCAUUCCAUCUGUUAUCAUGAAAUACUCCAUUAAUCAGUCCAAGAAUGUAGAUAUAAACCUGACCUUAAAAAUGCUCUCUUCACUUGGGGAAAAGUUGGACCCUGCCCAGGAAAUGAAUGUUGAUCCCGUCAUAAGGUAGUUCUUUACAGUAUUGAUCCUCAUAAUUAUACACAUGUUAUAGUUAGUCUUACAUGAUUCGGUAGAAUCACACUAUUGCUUGCUAGGAAUUUAAAAAGAAUUUCUGUGAUCUAGAUGAGGGCCUAUAAAUUUAACAAAAAAAUGCAAACAAGUCUUAUUAUAAUAUCUCAACUGUAACCUCACAUCAUUAUGACAUUCUUGUUUUAUCUACAGGUUAAUUACAGCCGUGUUCAGGUUAUGUGAAGUAGAGAACAGAGCAAUAGAUGCCAAGUUAAAUGAAUUCUUAAGUCCUCAAAUAGGCAGCACUAUUAUGUGGUUUUUGGAAAGAUGGUCUGAUGCCUACCUCCUCCAUGAUGAAAAUGAUUAUACAGAAGUAAGUUUGAUAACAUAUUAUUUAAUAAAUGAAAACCAAGUUAGCCAUGUUAAACUUUCAAAUUAAAUUGCCCAUUCUCAAUAUAAAAAGAAAUUGGCCAAGUUAAAUACAAAAUUUUUCCAUAUUAUAUAGAAUAAAAAUUAUCCCUAUUAGUAUUAAAUACAAAUAGAAGAAUUCAUAUUUCUUACAAUUUAAUAUCUUUUAAGCAUUUUUACUUAUUGAAUAUUUAGUAAUGAUAGCAAAAAUAGGAGUUUUAAUUAAAAACAUUUAACUGUUUUUUUAUUUACGAUAUUAAAGUCUGUCCUAUAUUAGUUUUGAUAUUGCUAACUUCAAAAAGGACAUAAGUAAAUUUACAAUGUAAGAAUCAGUUCAUAUUUAUUUGUAAUUUAAUGUGCUAGAAAGUUAAGUAAAAGAUAAAAGAAGUUUUAAGUAAAUAUCUGUUAAAAGUGUUAUUUUGUUGUAAAUAAUGGGUCAAUAAUCUUAAGAUACAAAAUUCUUAAUGACAUGACCACUGCCAUUUGCCUUUAUAAUUUUAUUUAUUUAAAAAAUGGCACCUCAAGGCUGAUAUGCACAUACUUUAUUGUUAUUAUAAAUCUGCACUCCAGAUGAGUUUGGCCUUAGCAACAGCCUUUGGUAUGGAUACUGAGGGCAUAAAGUGGACAAUAAAUUUCAUCAUGCAAAAAAUUUUAGCCACAUUGGCAAUCUGGGGUUCUGAACUAAACCUUAUAAGUGACACUCUGGAGCUGCUGAUUGACAUGGCUGAGCAGAGCACAAGGUAAAGGAAAUUCUAUUUUGAGUUUUGCACUUAAAUUGUGUUAGCCUUUAAGUAAGCCUUGAUGGUGAAUAAAGUCUGUGCUGAGUAUAUAACAUAACUACAAAGGAUGGAAUAAUUAUUUUAUUUUUCAUAUUAUUAUUAACAUUGUAACAAUCUCUUUGCUUUUAAGCAUCUCUUGUUAAUGACACAUAACAAAAUUCAAACCUUUUGAAUGUUUACCAAUUACAGAGCCAUGUACUUAUGUCAGUCAGAGGUACUUUGGAAUCUAGCCAGGCUAGAAUCAAAUCAUGAGCCACCAGUAUCUACUCUAGCUCCGAGUGCACGUAGGCAGUUCAUGAAGGCCAUGGUACUUGCUGGAUGUGGAAUCAAAAAUUCAACUCAAGAAGAACAGUAUUGGAAAUUGGUCAGUUAAUUACUUAUUCAUAUGAGAAAUUGGUGUGUUAUUGUUCUUAUUAGUAUAAAGAAAUUAAGGAAUUAAUUGAUUGUGAUAAUCUUUUCAUAUAUCAUGUUAUUGAAUUUGCGUUACAGACUAAAUAUUUUCAGAACUCAAAAUUACAUAUAUUCUUUUUUUCAUAAUAGAACCAUGACUGUUUGAAAAUCCUUAAUAUAAAAAGUAUUGUAAGCCUACAUGAAUUUUUUAGUUUUAUAAAGAGAAAUUUAAAUGCUUAACUGCAAACAAAUAUUUUUAAAUAUUUAUUUAUGUGUGUUGAUCUGUUCCAAAGUAAAAGUAUACAACAAAUUGAUUAUGGUGAUGCACUUCAAAUGUUUAGCUUCUUCAGUCUAACCAUGAGAGGUUCCUCCAUUUGGUUGAGUCCCAUGAUUUUAAAGCUGGCUUGGAAUCAAGUAGGCAGCAGUACUUGUACUUGCUGGAAACUUUGAUUGGAGUGGCAACUGCUACACAAAACACUAUAGCUAAAGAAAUGUUUCAGGUAACACUGAUUUUUAUAACUUUCAGGUUUGCUUUCUUGUUACCAUUAAACAAUUUAAAAAACUCUAUUAAAAAAAAAUAUAGUCUUGACAAAAUUAUUUGGAAAUCCUGGCAUUUAACCUCUAACCUCAGUGGUACCUCCGAAAGCCCUAGAACUCGAACAACUUGUAGUCAGAAUAAAAUAUUCAGCAAAGAUGGCCUGAAAUUCGGAUGCUGGUUUGGAAUCCUAAUGCCCAGCAUGUUAUUAGUGUGUUUUUUGUGCAUAAAUUUCCCCAACUAUCUUGCCAAUCAUUUGUCAUUCAUUUUGUUGUUGGAAGCUGUAGUGAAAGCAUUUGUUUAUAUUUAUAAUAACAACUAAGUGUAAUUGCCAUAGGUCCAAGAAAGUGUAAUGAGGAAAAUAAGAGUUAAAUAAAAACUGUUAGAGCUAUAUUUGAAUUUAAGAAAGAUCUUAAAGCUAAGCAUUAAAGAAUGUUUUGGAUGCCUAACUCAACUGUGCGAUUUUUAAAAAUAAAGAAGCUAUUAAAGCUGGUGAUGUCGCAAAAGGGGUUACAACACUGGCCUCUAGGAGUUUGAAGAGUUUGGAAGAGAUGAAAAAAACAACUCUUAGAUUGGAUUAAUGAAAAAUGGCUGGCUGGUGAUGUCAUUUUUAAGAUGAUACUUUGUGAAAAAGCCAAGGUUCGCAAGAUGAUUUAGUGAAAGGCCUGAUGAUAGUGCUCAAAAGAAGGAGUUUAAAGCCAUCAGGGGUUAGUUUGAGAACUUUAAGAGAGGGACUGGGAUCCAUAGAGUUUGUGGACCUAGGAGCGUAUUAAUUCAGUUUCUAUUACUUUAAAUGGGAGAAAUUGUCUCAGAACCUUGAACACGGCUCUGAAGUGGAUUAAAUGAAGAUUCCAAGGUACCACUGUAGCAUCCAAAAAAUAUAUGAAUUUAUCAUAAAUUGAAAUAUCAUUUGGUAUGUAAUAGUUUUUGUAUUUCAUUUUCAUAUCACACCAGUUUAUGGGUCCACUGCUCAGUCAUGUAAUCAAAGCUAUAGACAUCCAUCACAACUAUGAGGAUGUGAUCACAACAAGCUUUGAAUUGUUCUCUGAAAUAGUUGCCAAGAUGCUGCCAUUCCUUAAUACUGUAAGUCUUUUCAUUAGCUUGAAUAAUCUCUUUGCAGCUUUUGAAUAGAAAUUUUCUCUAGAGGUGUGCCAUGUUAUUUUUAAUUUAGCUGGUCAUUGUAAUUCAUUUCAUUUUGUUAAUUUUCUUUAAUCAUGUUCUUCAGGCUGACUCACAGACACUAUAUCAACUGAGUCUGUCUGCUAUACAGAUGUAUGCUAGGCAUAAUUUGGGUGAGUUAACCCUCUUAUGUCUUUCUCUCACAUAAUAUAUGUUAGUUAUCUAUAUUCCUCAUUAACUUGUAUAAAGGAAAUGAAUCACUGCACACAUCAUUAGCAGGGUUGAACUCAUUGCUUUAUUUUACUUCUGUUCGUUUGAUACCAGAAACACUUGAUGUAGAACUUAAACCCUUGGGUUUUCUUACAGAUUGACUUUUUCUGACCUUAAGAAAAGCAUUUUAUAUUACUGUGCAGGUCGGCAGUGCAUAACAGCAGAUGAUGAACAGGAAACCAAGUUCAAGGAUAUUAUAUUGAUUAUGGAGAUGCUGACCAAUCUCAUGUCCAAAGAUAUUUUAGAUUUCAAUAAAGGUAGUAACUGUUACAGUUUUUCCUGAUGUCUUUCAUAUUUAACAAAGUAGUUACUUAAACUCUGAAGCAUAAUUUUAUAUGCAUUUUAUAACAAUGAUUCAACCCUUGUCUUUCUACCAUCCUGGUACAGAGGAGCGGGCUAAUUGUGAAAACCCUUGUAUCGAUGGACCAACUGUUGUCAUAUAUGGCCUUGAACUUAUAGUGCCUCUAAUGAGUGCUGAGAUGUUAAAGGUAUUUAUGACAGUUUCCUUUAGUGCUGAUGUUUUAAAUGUAUUUUGUAUAAUAAAAUUGUAUAUGAAGAGUUUAUUUUCAAAAUGCAGUAUCCACCACCUUUGAAAAAAAUGAAAAAACUUUAUCUUUUUGUAGAGCAAACCAGGUUCCUGGUUAUUAUUUAAUUCUUUAAACACAGUAUGUAAUUUUUUGUAAAAAGUAGAAUAAUCUCAAAACCCCAAAAAUGAAUAUACAGCAUUUUGAAAAUCAGCUCUUCAUAUGAACUACUUAGUUAUUAUAAAUUAUCAGAAUCUUUAACACAUAUAUUCUUACUGAGCUUUGAAAUAUGCAGUCUGAUACCAUAAAUAUAUAAAUUAAAAACUUUUUGCUAUCUUUCUUUGAACCAGAAAGGACCAUUUUAAUCUGAAAAAUAAGUACCACAUGAAUGCACAUACAAAAUUGAGUAUUGUAAAUCAUGUCAUCAAGCACCCUCAUAAGUUGACACUUAUUGAAGAUAUUUCACCAUUCUUUCCUCCACAGUUUCCUGUCUUGUGUAGCUGUUAUUUUCGGCUCAUCUCCUUCCUGUCAGAUCUGCACUCGGAAAAAUUUUGCCAGCUUCCCCAACAGCUCUUUAAUAAUAUCAUGGCUUCCAUAGAACUUGGCUUCAACUCGUAUCCUUGUUUUCUGAGCUUCUUUUGGCUUAUUGGUUACAGGCCUCCAGUAAUAGCACUUUGUGCUGAAAUCAGUUAAAUUUUUAAAAAAAUGGGAUGAUUAAAAAAUAAAAUGUGGGUUAUUCCCUGUGGAAAAAUGAUAUUGUGAUUCACCGUUUUGAACAAUCACAAUAUUUAAAGAAUUAAUAGUACUUUUAAAGCAUUUGUAUAGAAAAGGAUGCUCUAUUGACCCAACUUCCGUCCAAUUCACUCACAAUCAUGCACAUAUUUUUUUCAAUAAUUAGAUAACUAUUAAAUAGCCAUUAAAUGGCACUUAUUCACUUUUUAAUAUUUACGUUUGAGGGAGGGUGUGGUAAGGUUGCAAUUUGAAUUUAAAAAAUCUUUUUUGGGGGGAAGAUUUUUUUUCCCUCUUGCUUACCAAGUUUUUUUAAUGAAAUCUUUUUUUAUGCAAACAUAUCGGCAUCUACAGAAGCUUGGAAAUGUAAAAUAUAUAAUAUCCUAUAUUAGGCCAAGCAUCUUACAUAUACAAAAAAUGGGUGCAUAUAAUCUUGAUGAGACAAAGUUUUUGAAGUCUAGGGCUGCUGUGUUCAAGUCAUUUUGCCACCUUUCCCUUCUUAGGAUUAUUUUAUGGUUAUGACCAAUUUUACUAUUGAGUUGGAGGAAUGGUCUGGGCGAGUAGUUUGUCUAUUUGGUUUCAUUAUGUUCCUGAGCUAUAUGCUACAGUUACAUUCCGCAAACUGUGUCCAUGUGUUUAACUACUGUCUCUUAUCUUGCUGAAUACAAUGAACACAAGAUGACAUCUCCAAUGGUAACUUUGUAUCUAAAUUAACCAAUUUCCUAUUUUUUUUAAAACCGAAGUUACUGUUUAGUUGUGUUUUUUCUCUAGCACUUUUCAUUUUUAAAAGUAUUUCUUAUCAAUAAAAAAAAUGUAUUCAUAUUAACAAUAUUUUUGAAAAUUCAAUUUUUUAAUACAUUUUAAAUGUUUAUAUUUCACUAACUCAACCUGACUGAAAGAGAAUUUGACUCUACUUUUGAACAUUGUAAUAAUGUUAUUUAUUAAACCAGUUUUCAUAAAUUUGUAAAAGAGCUGAAUACAAGAACACAAUAAAUUAUAUGUUAAAGGUAGAGUUAAAGGUAGAAUGUUUGAUGAUUGAUUUUAGACUUAGUCACAGUGCUGUUUAAUGAUUGAUUUUAGACUUAGUCACAGUGCUGUCACAGCAAUCAUCAUCCCUCUACUUUGUCAGCUACUUACUCUCUUGGCAAACCCAUUCUUUCCAUCACGACAAUCUACUGUCCUGGUCACAGUAUUUUGUUCAAUUGUGCAUAAUAUGUAUCUCAUAUAGCUAGUAAAGUUAAAUUUUUGUGUGAAUUUAUUGCUGUUUCCAUGUCUUUAUCAAUGUGUACCUUAACCUGAGCCAAAGUUCAGGCACAGAUGUCAUGAGAAUGCUAUUUGAAUCGCUUCUUGCCAUUGCAUCUCACUAUUUUCAGAAUCCUCAGAUAUCUCAGCAUUUACAGUUAACUUUGGGGCAUUUUUUAAAGGUAACUUAACACCAACAUUGUUUAGUGGCUAUGUUGCAUCAAAAGUGGUUGGAAUCACAUUGAAGAUUUUAUUAAAUAAAAUAAAUAAUAUGUAUUGAAAACCUGCAUUUUGCCUUUGUCCAGCAGCUGGGAAUGCCCUCAAGUGUUACAAUUUAAAUUUACAUGCAUGGAUGUGUUGUAGAUCACAUAUUUUGUUCACAUUUUUAAAUGGUUGAUAUCUAGUAGGUUACUUGGAUAAUUUGCAAAUGCUCUAAAAUAUCAUAUUUGUAGUUCAUGUACUUGGUUCUGCUACAUAUUCCAAGAAAAUGUUCUAAUUUAGAAUCCACAAAUACAGAUGUGUUUAGAAAAUAGCCUUCGGUCAUGGCAUGGAUCACAAUAGCAAUAUUCAAUUUAAAAGAUUAUAGUUGACGUAAAUUGCUCAGACUUGAUACACAGUAAAAUAGUUAUUCUCACAUAAAUGUAUUUGCUUUUCAUUGUUUUCCAUUUCUUUGUCUUUCUAUAGGUUAUUUUCCGGAUGCUGGUUUUAGACAACUUUGAUCUUUCUUUACAAGAAAUUGGCAGCACAACUUUGUUUUGUUUAAUUUGCUGUAGUCAGGUAAUUGUUUAGAUCACAUUAUUAUAUAUUUGGAUGUUCAGGGACAUGUACAAAUUUUAUUCAAAGCUUGAUGUUAACCCAAGAAUCAUGUAAAAGUCAAGUUCAGAGCGCUUUAUCCAGAGAAAUUCAGAAAAAUAUGAACAUGGGUUUUAGUGAAUGGUAAACCCAUUGGGUUUUAUUUUAAACACAACAUUAUUGCUCUAACUGCUCAUGUAAUCAACCUUUAAUCUAGAAACAAGGUGGAAAGAGGAGUUGUUAGAAAAUAUUUGAGUUUACUAUUGGUAACGGUUAAUUUCUAGCACCCAAAAUUUAAAUUUUACCUACAUAAUGUUACUAGACACAGAAUAAUAAUAGUAGUAGUUGGAACAGAGAUGAUGAUAAUACCGUAACAACAUACUAAUGCCUUGCAUGUUUUCUUUUACUUUUAGGAGUUAUACAAGGACCUGGUAAACCAACUGAUCCAGGUGCAACCAGAGGAGUAUAAGAAUCGUCUACUUCAGGCUUUCAAUGAACUCACCCCACAGUCAUUACAGCUGACUAUCACACGCCAGAACAAAAUCACAUUCAGAGCAAACUUUGAUGUAUUUUUAAACAAUGUCCGAGGAUUUUUGUGUGUCAGAUAACACAGCUGGUCAUCAGGAAAGUCAAAAAAAAAUUCGAAUGGAAUGACUUUAUCAUCACGAAGUUCACUAGUUAUGGCUAACGUGUAUUCAUGUUUGAGGAUUUGGAUCAUCUCAGUCCAGCUUUUCAAUAUUUGUCAUUUGCAAAUAUUCACUCACGGAAUCUAGAAUACCACUUAUAGCAAUAUAUUGCCUUAUGAUAAAAGGGGCAAGUACUUUUUAAUGAUUGGUACUAUGUCAGAUUACAGAAGCUCACAUAUGUAUAGUCCACAUUGUGAGAUGAUCAACAGCAACACAUUUACAAUAUCA